CGCAGACCUUACAAAACCCCUUCCAGUUCCAGUAAUAGGGUUUAAGCACUUCGGUGCCUCAAGCUUCAGCACUUACUAGUUCAUUCAUGGCUGCAAGAAUCUUGAUUUCUAGGGCUUCGUCGAAGAAUCUCCAUCAGAGUCUUUUGAGGCCUUUCUUUUUCCAUCAGUUCCCACCGGCUUUCCAAGUCCUAAGGAGCCUUCACUCUUUGGUUUCCCGGGAGUUCAAUUCCCGCAAUUCCAGGAACUCCAGGAGCAUAAACACUGCUCCUGAUUACAAUCUUGACGAAGCAGGUGUUACGGCCCUUAGUCUCGAUAACCGCGUGCCAGCCACUGUGAUCACGGGUUUUCUCGGUUCUGGAAAGACCACUCUAUUGAAUCAUAUUCUGACAUCCCAACAUGGCAAGCGGAUUGCUGUCAUAGAAAAUGAGUUUGGUGAGGUGGAUAUUGAUGGAUCAUUGGUUGCUAGCCAUUCCUCUGUUGCUGAGGACAUUGUCAUGGUUAAUAAUGGUUGCUUAUGUUGCACUGUGCGGGGAGAUCUAGUUAAGAUGCUUUUGGAGUUGGUUAAGAAAAAAAGAGACAAAUUCGAUCAUAUUGUCAUAGAAACCACAGGACUUGCAAAACCAGCUCCUGUCAUUGAAACAUUUUGCACUGAUGAACUUGUUUCACGCCAUGUGAAACUGGAUGGAGUUGUUACUUUGGUUGACUGUAAGCAUGCCAUGCAACAUCUGGAUGAAGUAAAACCAAGGUUUGUGGUGAACGAGGCAGUAGAGCAGGUUGCUUAUGCAGAUCGAAUUAUUUUGAACAAGAUAGAUUUGGUAUCUGAGACUGAAUUGGAGAGAUUAACCAAGAGAAUUAAACAUAUAAAUGGGAUGGCUCCAAUUAAGCUUGCAAAGUACGGAUUGGUCGACAUGGACUUUGUUUUGGGAGUUGGAGGAUAUGAUCUCGAAAGGAUUGAUUCUGAAAUUAACACAGAUAGUUCCAGUUGUGAAACCCAUAAACAUGAAGCCACACAAGAACACCAUAAGGGGCAUCAUCAUCAUGACCACAUGCACGAUUCUGCUGUCUCAAGUGUUAGUAUUGUUUGUGAGGGCACCCUUGACCUUGAUGAGCUUGAUGAUUGGCUUGAGAGGCUGAUUGAAGAAAAAGGGGAGGAUUUAUACAGAAUGAAGGGUGUCUUGUCUGUGACUGAUUCUGAUCAGCGCUAUGUUUUUCAGGGGGUGCACUCCAUGUUGGAUGGUUGCCCGGGGAAAACAUGGGGACCGGAGGAGAAGAGGGUUAACAAACUUGUGUUUAUAGGAAGGAAUUUGGAUGAAACGGCACUAAGAAAAGGUUUCCAAGGUUGUCUAGCGUAAUCGUAAGCUCACGCAUGCCAUAUUCUUGAAAACACCAGACGUAUUGGAAUUGGAGGUGAGAAACAAACUUGUUGAGGGUUGUGUAUUGACUGGUUUGUAUAUCCCAAGUUUCCAUUUGAUGAGAGAGAGAGAUUUUAUGUUCAUGAGAGCGCAUACUUAACUGCAUUAUAUGAAGCAUUUUGGGUUUUGUUUGGGCCUCAUGUCUUUGUUUAAUCUCCAUCCAGAAUGUAUAUCGCUUCAAGGGCCAUAUUGUUACCAUA